ACCUCUUGCGGCUGCGAGCGUCGCCUCAGCAACCGCACCCACGGCGCACGCCCGGUAGGCGGGGCGGAAGCCUGUCGGAUGUCGCGAGAGUUCCCAUGCGGUAGGCGGCGGCUCCGGGAGAGAAGCGCCGUGAAGCUGCGCUUCCGCAAAGAUGGCGGCGGCUGUGGGUAGCUGCGCGCGACUGGCGGCCUGGGGCGGGAAACUGCGACGGGGGCUCGCUGUCAGCCGACAGGCUGUGCGGAGUCCCGGCCCCUUGGCAGCGGCAGUGGCCGGCGCGGCCCUGGCAGGAGCAGGAGCGGCCUGGCACCACAGCUGCGUCAAUGUCGCGGCGCGGGAUGGCAGUCUCACAGUCUCCGCACAGAAAAAUGUUGAACAUGGAAUAAUAUAUAUUGGGAAACCGUCUCUUCGUAAGCAGCGCUUCAUGCAGUUUUCUUCACUCGAACAUGAAGGAGAAUAUUAUAUGACACCACGAGACUUCCUCUUCUCAGUGAUGUUUGAGCAAAUGGAACGUAAAACUUCAGUCAAGAAGCUGACAAAAAAGGACAUCGAGGAUACACUGUCAGGGAUCCAAACAGCUGGCUGUGGAUCAACUUUUUUCAGAGACCUUGGCGAUAAAGGGCUAAUUUCAUAUACUGAGUAUCUUUUCUUGCUUACAAUCCUCACUAAACCCCAUUCUGGAUUUCAUGUUGCUUUUAAAAUGCUGGAUACAGAUGGUAAUGAGAUGAUUGAAAAAAGGGAAUUUUUUAAGCUGCAGAAGAUCAUAAGUAAACAAGAUGACUUGAUGACAGUGAAAACUAAUGAAACUGGAUAUCAGGAAGCAAUAGUGAAAGAACCUGAAAUUAAUACAACUCUUCAGAUGCGUUUCUUUGGAAAAAGAGGACAAAGAAAACUUCAUUAUAAAGAAUUUCGAAGAUUUAUGGAAAAUUUACAAACAGAGAUUCAAGAAAUGGAAUUCCUUCAGUUUUCUAAAGGUUUGAGUUUCAUGAGAAAAGAAGACUUUGCAGAGUGGCUACUUUUUUUCACUAACACUGAAAAUAAAGAUAUUUAUUGGAAAAAUGUGAGAGAGAAGUUGUCAGCAGGAGAGAGCAUUAGUUUGGAUGAAUUCAAGUCAUUUUGCCAUUUUACAACCCACUUGGAAGACUUUGCUAUUGCCAUGCAGAUGUUCAGUUUAGCUCAUCGUCCUGUCAGACUAGCCGAGUUUAAGAGAGCUGUGAAAGUAGCAACAGGACAAGAACUCUCAAACAAUAUUUUGGACACUGUCUUCAAGAUCUUUGAUUUGGAUGGUGAUGAAUGUCUUAGUCAUGAAGAGUUUCUUGGAGUGUUAAAAAACAGAAUGCAUCGAGGUUUAUGGGUACCACAACAUCAGAGUAUACAAGAAUACUGGAAGUGUGUGAAGAAAGAAAGCAUUAAAGGAGUAAAAGAAGUCUGGAAACAAGCUGGAAAAGGUCUUUUUUAAUAAAAGAUAUAAUAGUAUGGCAAUUAUAUUGUUCCAAAUGUCAAAAUUUGUGAUUUUUUAGAAGUACUUGCUAUUUAUCUUCUUAAGUCUUCAUUGAUAUUCUGUGUGAUAUAAGCAUGUCUUGUACUUGCUUUCUGAUUCAUAAUUUUAUUAAAGAACUUAGUAGAAAGAAAAGUAAGUAUAAAAAUAGAUAUUGGAUUCUGUCAGAAGGCCUAGGUUUGAAAUAAUGUUUUGUACUUCGGUAAGAUGGAAAACUUAGUGAUUCACUGAUUUCUUAGACACUCUAAUAUGAUAUGCUUUCUGGAAGGAUAAAACAAGUACCUAUGGGAAAAAGUACUUGAGACCAAGGCCAGCAUCAAUUCCAGACAUCCUCAUGUUCCUAAUAGGCUAAAUGAAGUUAAAAACUUAUUUCAGAUUUUUCUCAUCUGUACCUUAUAUCUCAUAAAUUUAUUGUAUAUUUUAUGUCAGUAGCUUAGCUGUUUAUUGUCUUUAAAAUAACAUGUAAACUUCAAUGUUCUAUCUGGAAGCAGAAUAAAAUAUUUACGUAGAUACAAAAAA